CGGAGCGAUUUCUUUACUCUCUCUCUCUCUCUCUUCCUCUUCCUCUUCCGUUCGUUCGCAAUCGAGGAGCUCGAAGGUCUCGCCGAAUCCAACCGUUCUUCCAUGGCUGUUUCUCAAGCAAGUCUCCUCCUUCAGAAGCAGCUUAAAGAUCUCUGCAAGAACCCCGUCGAUGGCUUCUCCGCUGGUCUUGUCGAUGAGAGCAAUAUAUUUGAAUGGAGUGUCACGAUUAUUGGCCCCCCUGAUACGCUUUACGAGGGGGGUUUCUUUAAUGCCAUUAUGAGUUUUCCAUCAAAUUAUCCUAAUAGUCCUCCGUCUGUGAAGUUUACUUCUGAGCUUUGGCAUCCUAAUGUUUAUCCUGAUGGGCGUGUUUGUAUUUCAAUCCUUCAUCCUCCUGGUGAUGAUCCCAAUGGCUAUGAGCUUGCUAGUGAGCGAUGGACCCCUGUUCAUACGGUUGAAAGCAUAGUUUUGAGUAUUAUAUCAAUGCUAUCGAGCCCAAAUGAUGAAUCACCUGCAAAUGUUGAAGCUGCUAAGGAAUGGAGGGAUAGGCGGGAAGAUUUUAAGAAAAAGGUAAGCCGCUGCGUGAGGAAGUCACAGGAAAUGCUAUGAUGAGAAAGGCGGGGCAGCAAGUGCUUUGCGUUGUCUCUUCUGCUUUUUUUGUGGCUGUGGGUGUUUAAAUUUUAUCUUUGCUAUGGGACUUCACCUGUUCACUUGGUGCCAGUGGGUCUUGUAGAACGUCAAUGAAUGGAGAGCUGUCACCCAUAUAUUUUACUUCUUGUUUUUCUUUCUUUCU